AUUAGCCUAUGUCAACAACAUGGCGUAGUCCUAACAGGUGCUCUUCACUUGGUAGCUAGGGAGUUAAUUAUGCUCAUGUGUCCUGUCGGUUAAAUCUCAAUCCACUACAAGGAUGCCUGACGUUGGCAAGUCCUCUAUGGCGAGUCCAGGGACAGAAACUGACCGGUACCAGCGUAAACGUCGACCAAGGGCGGGAGGUAAUGACAAGAAGAUCGCUGACGACGAGUUUAUGGCAGCUGCUAUAGGCGAUGUUGAAUGGCUGAAACAAAGUCUACGUGACGCCCGGGGGCAAAUCAACUUUGACAAAAACGGUCUGACAUCACUGCAUCUCGCGGCCAUCCAUGGUCGACUGGAAUGUCUUCGACUACUUAUUGAGAAAUACAAAUUUGACAUCAACCUGCCCAGUACGACCGGCUGGAGAGCUGCUCAUCUGUGCAUCAGCAACCAGACAGGAAAAAGGGCGCUUCAGUGUCUCUCAUACCUCCUCAGUAAAAAGGCCGACGCUUCCGUGGCCAACAAUGACGGUAUUACACCUGUCCACCAGGCGGCGUCUGAAGGUCACGUGCAGUGUCUUAAGGAGCUAAUUGACAUAGGGGCUGCCAUCACAGGAAAGGACUGUAGAGGCCACACCCCUCUCGACCUGGCCAAACUUUGGGGACAUAAGAAAUGUGCUAGAAUAUUGGCCGCAGAGAGUUGGCACCAAGGAAAGGACCACGUGGCUAAGGAGAUGGACUACCUCAAGAAACUGAAAAUGCAACAAGUCAUGAAGGAGAUGGAAGACGACGAAGAGAAGCGCGCAGCCCAAGAAUUCUAUGGAGAGAAGGCUUAUCAAGAAUGGUUACACAAACAGAAACUUCCCCCACAAAAUACGGGUCCCAAGGGGAGGGACAGGACAGAAAAACCGACAAAACCAGCAGGCGAGUCGCUGCACAAACCUAACAGCAAGGUCCAGCGGCCUGAUAAUGCUUCGUCGGGAAAAUCCGUAAAAUCAUCUAUCAAGCGUCAAGGGUCAUCUGCGACAACAAACGUGCACGUUGCUUUCCGAACUCAAAGAACACCAAGCCCAGUGGAACGUCGACCGACAACAUUUUCCCAUUACGAUGACGACUUAAAUAUCCAUGAACGAAAAGACGAAACCGAAGGUCAGAAGGCAAGGUUACGAACACCGCCGUACAUAAAUCCGGAGAAAUGGAAAAUACCACUGAAAGUUCCUAAAAACGAAUAUAUUGUGAACCUAAAGGACGACUACCCUCGUGACCCGUUCACACGAAUGCCAAAACUUAAGUCGGCCCCAAUGUAUUAUACCGGAAAGCAUGCACCCAGUAUAUACGUCACGGACGAUAACGCGAAAACCCGGAAGUUAAAAGUGAAGGUACGUGACGUAGACCUUCCCAAUGACGUAGUCGACAAAGUAUUAAUGGAUGACCCCAGUCGGACAGAACGACCUGUCUUAUUCAAAUCCAUCCACAUGAGUGAUGUGACUAAGAAGAAAAAGUACGAACUUGAAGAGAGAGGACGUAGUGAAGUCAGUUUGCAUAUAUGUGACGAUUUUAAAUCUUUGUUAUUCCAAGAAAGUCUCCAAAGAGCAAAUUCUUUUCACUGUGAUUCUUCUUCAUCAUCAUCUAAGACCCCUGUGUCCGGGGGUCGGAAAUGGUCGAGCGCCAGAGUGCCCCGGGAAAGAGUAGUGAAUGCUUUCUUGAACAUGAACGAACCUAGACAUUACCCUAACAUUAAGGGCGAAGAGUAUGACAUCAAUUUCGGAGAAGUUUCAAUUAUUUGAAGUUAACUUGCGUGAUUAGCGAUGAACCAGACAAGAACACAUUACAAAGGGAGAUAAGCGUGACCCAUAUUGUGAACUCUUAAUUCCAGGUAUUGAAUGAUUGUAGGUACAAUGUGGCUUACUUUCAAUACGGACCAAGUCCAUUUUUCAACAUUUCUCUUUGAAAUAUUUAAAUCGUAUAAUCUUAUUUAUUUGUUGCUUUCCACAUCAAGGUCCUAACCUGCAUUUCGACAAAAUAAUCGAGUGUGAUUUAAAUCCAUAUUCUGUAUCCAGAACGUUUUAUAACAUAAUUAAAGAUGUCAAUGUAGACAUCAAUGUCUUUACCCAACUGGUGAAAAUGUCCCACAGUAGAUGUUUGGUUAUAAAUUGUUGAGACGAAUGUCCUAUUUAGAGUUACCAUAAGAGUAGUGUAAUGUAAACGCUGGCAGCGUACCAAACAUAUCACCCAGGGGACCAAAGAUGUGGGGACAUUGUGACCUCAUCACAUGUGAUCUGUCGUGAGGCAUUCGUCCUCGAGUCUGUUAAACGUGUCCCGAGGGGAUGGUAUGUACUUUUGGUCACAGGUAACCACAUUCGUUUUCCAUUUUGGUCGAUUUAUUCGUUAGCACAUCUCCUGCUUUAGGCCCCGCCAUUUAUCUUUCUGGGUAAAUUGGUUUAUAUGCUUACUCAGUAUAACCCGGUUUGUUCAUAUCCUUCUGAUACAUUAUAAGUAGUAAUGUCUACUUCCGCGUGUCAUUAACGGGCACUGCUGUUUUGUCGUUAUGCGGUGUUAGAUUUUAGCACUUCGCACAAUGGGAGUUUAGCUUUAUCACAAAUUUGUUAUAUAUCUUAUAUAUCACUGCUUUGAAUCAAAAUUGACAUUUCCCGCACUGGUUUCGGUCAUGCGUUUUCGACGUAGAGCAGGAACGGACUUACGAAUCUCAGUAACAGAAAACCUCGUUAUCUCCAGCUCUGAUAACUCGAGACACUGCUUAACUCGAAGUAAAAAAAUCAAUUCCGACAGUAAAACUUGCGUAAAAAUCAUGCUCCGUUACCUAAAAAAUAACUGGGAUAUUUCGAUUUUUUCAUACCCCCCUCCCCGCUUUCGAGAUAACGAGGUUCGUCUGUAUUAUUUUUAUCAUCAAACUAUUUAACCUUUUGUGUAUUUUUAAAACUAAAAUGGAGAUUCCAUAUUCCCUUUCAUGAUCUCAGUCAGAAUUUACUAUCAGCAUUAUUCUUUUAGCAUAUAUACAAUCUAGUAUUCUGUGUACAGUAUUACAUUGUGCAUUCUUAACACUGCAGUUAUAACAGUUUUAGAAGGAAGCAAUUACACGAGCUUUGUUGAUUUGUAAUAGGCUUUUCAUUGUCUGUUCAAAUGGAUUUCAAAGAAUAUUGGGUGACAAUAGGCAAUCAGCUCUGUGGAAAAUAAUGCCGCUACACGUUAUUCUCUAGUGGUACAUAUUAUGGGAUUCUGUAAUUCCGGGACUGAUUUCGGAGAAGAGUGUUUCCAAUGUUGUCAGCAUACCGGAAGGAACUUGAACUUCCGGUACUGUACUUCAGUAAAUAUCAUAUGAUGCUUGUGUAUGAAUACGGUGCUUAGAAAUCUCAUACUGCUGAUAACUAUAUAGUUCAAUAAAGCCUUUAUAUUAUUUUCAA